GGAUCGAAAUAUAUACGUCUGUGCUUCAGUACCUAAGGCCUGAAUGUCGCAAUUUCCCCUGCACGUGACUCAUACCCAAAUUAUACGGACGGUGAAGCGGCCAUUGACGCAGGUCACGAGGUUCUCCGUGCCGGAGGUUCGUUUUCGCGUGGGACCAUCAUUGAUGACAUUCAAUUAAACUAUUCGGUUGCUGCUGUUGUUCUUCGACGCACCAACUUGAGUCUAACCACCGUGGCCUUGAGCCCGGAGAUGACCGAUCCUAUCCUAUCUUUCCGCUUGAUGUGUAUGCGAUUUCGAGAACCAUGAGCGGGAGAAUCCUCUCCCACCGACUUGUUCCGCUAUUGCGGACGGGUCUUUUGGCCCGCCAUCUCCAUAACGCCGGUGCAAGGACUGGGGGCCUUCUACGUUCAGAUGGCAGCGCUGCCCUUAGGGGACGCGCGUGGCCUGUCGGUGCGAACUCGAUUCACAAUGUCCCCGCUGUGCGGGGGAUAUCGUUUGCGAGAAUCCUGCCUAAACUGGCACUAAAAUUAGUGAAGCUGCCCGCUAUGUUUGGAGGGGCAAUGGUCGCUGGGUUAGCUUACUUUCAAUAUCAAGCUACACAGGCAGGAAAUUAUGCCCUUGAUGUGCUAAGACGCGCGGGGGGGACUGCCGGUGACGCCGCUUCGUCCAUUUUCUCCGAAAUUCAGAAUGUGGCCGAACAAACACAACGUGGCUGGCAAAGGACUACGGACAGUGUGGAAGUACCUGAAUGGUUACAGAAGAUUCUAAGUUCCAAUGAAGAACCCCAAUCAGGAAACGAUGGCUCCGGAGGACAGCCCCCAAGGGAAAGCCGACUUGGUGCCGGUGCAGCGGCUGGAGCGGCGGCUUUCGGAUAUGACCAAGAUGAUGAGGACGCCCGAUUGACCAGGAAUGCGGAGGAUGACCAGAUGAUGGUCCUUACUCGUAAAAUGAUCGAGAUUAGGAACAUACUCCAAGCGGUUGGACAGUCCAACACACUCACGUUGCCAUCCAUUGUGGUGAUUGGUUCGCAGUCAUCUGGUAAAAGUUCCGUUCUUGAAGCCAUCGUUGGACACGAAUUUCUUCCCAAAGGCUCAAACAUGGUUACCCGGCGGCCGAUCGAGCUUACUCUGGUCAAUACUCCGCACGCACAGGCAGAAUACGGUGAAUUCCCAGCCCUCGGGCUAGGAAAGAUAACCGACUUCUCCCAGAUUCAGCGCACCUUGACCGACCUUAACUUGGCAGUCCCUGAAAGGGAUUGUGUCAGUGAUGACCCAAUUCAGCUUACCAUCUACUCUCCCAAUGUUCCCGAUCUUUCCCUCAUCGAUCUCCCGGGCUAUAUUCAGGUCUCCGGCCAAGGUCAACCUCCAGAGCUGAAGCAGAAGAUUUCUGAUCUUUGUGACAAAUACAUCCAAGCGCCAAAUGUGAUCUUAGCUAUAUCUGCGGCAGAUGUUGAUCUCGCCAACUCGACAGCUUUAAGGGCCAGUCGCAGGGUAGACCCUAGAGGCGAAAGGACAAUUGGUGUCAUCACAAAGAUGGAUCUUGUCGGCCCCGAUCGUGGCUAUAGCAUCCUUACAGAUAAGAAAUAUCCUCUUCGUCUCGGCUACGUAGGUGUCGUCUCGCGGAUCCCCCAAACCACCGCUCUGUUCUCCUCUCGAGGAAGCGGCAAUAUCACAAGCGCGAUCCUGAAAAAUGAGAACGCCUACUUCUCCUCUCAUCCCUCUGAGUUCGGGCCUCAAUCAGACGUAUCUGUUGGUGUUGGAACUCUACGAACCAAGCUUAUGCAUGUUCUCGAGCAGACGAUGGCAUCUAGCCUAGCGGGUACUAGGGACGCUAUCAGUCAAGAGCUAGAAGAAGCGACGUAUGAGUUCAAGGUUCAAUACAAUGAUCGCCCACUGAGCGCGGAGUCUUAUCUUGCUGAGAGUCUGGAUAGCUUCAAGCACUCCUUUAAGGCAUUUGCGGAAAACUUUGGUCGUCCUCAAGUGCGUGAGAUGCUGAAGAAUGAGCUCGAUCAGCGCGUCAUGGACAUCCUAGCUCAGAGAUAUUGGAACAAACCCAUCGACGACUUGAACCCCCCGAUGCCUGAGCUGGAUCCCCUCAUUGACCUUCCCAAGGCCGACCCAGAGUCGCUGUAUUGGCACCGGAAGCUCGAUGCAUCGACAUCCUCCUUGACCAAACUAGGAAUCGGUAGGCUUGCUACGACAGUUGUUGCGAAUGCAAUCCAAACUCACGUUGAGCAAUUACUGGCAAGCUCUACCUUCGCAUCUCAUCCGUACGCUCAGAAACAGAUUGUGGAUGCUUGCAGUAGCAUCCUGAACGAUCGAUUCUUCAGCACUAGCGAUCAAGUCGAAAACUGCAUCAAACCUUACAAGUACGAAAUCGAAGUCGAAGAACCUGAAUGGUACAAGGGGAGGGAGAAUGUGACCAGGGUGCUUAAAGAGGAGCUUAAGGCGUGCGAGGCUGCUUUGAAACGGGUCGAAGAAUCCGUAGGGAGGAGAAAGAUCAAGGAUGUCAUGUCAUUUAUCGACAAGGUCAGGAAAGGCGAGGUGGUCCUGGAAGGCGACGGUGCUGGGGGUGCAGGUGGAUUCAGUUCUGCCCUACUAGCCACAGGUAUGUCAGGUCUCACAUCUCCCAUUUUACUGACAUUGUGCUUGAAGCUAAUCUCCCCAGGUCGGGAAAGCGCCUUCCUGCGCGAUCGAGCUGAUCUCCUUAAGAUGAGACUUCUCGCCGUUCGCUCAAAGCAAUGUUCCACCAAGAAGAAUAAAUACUACUGCCCCGAAGUCUUCCUCGAUGUAGUCGCCGACAAGCUCACAUCAACCGCCGUACUAUUCCUCAACGUCGAGCUCCUCUCAGAGUUCUACUACAACUUCCCCCGGGAACUGGACAUGAGACUAGGCCGCCACCUCUCUGACGCAGAAGUCGAACGCUUCGCCCGGGAAGAUCCUCGCAUCCGCCGACACCUCGACGUCAUCAAGAAGAAGGAGCUUCUCGAACUCGCCCUUGAAAAAAUCGAAAGCAUCCGACAGUUGGACGGUCGCAAUAAGCAUAGAAACGCCGACCGACCUCUGUCCAAAGAGCAGAGGAGUCGUGGUUGGAACCUGUUCUGAUUAAAUGCAUACUAUUACCUAUGUACUCCUCCCUCUCUUUCAUUAGCUCCGGAUACACUACAUCUACGUUCCCUUCACCUUCUUUCUCUCCUAUCACCCUGCUCCCUGUAUACCAUCAAUAGGGUCUGUUUAUAGCCAAAGAAUCUCUUCAGGAUAGGCGUUAGCACAGAGAGUGCUUGCUUGGUUUAUUCAUUCUUUCAUCGUACCCUCUUCCAUUAUCAGUCAGAAGUCCAUGUGAUACUAUAUCGAUAGAAAUAUUUACCUUCUACAUAAUACCACUCAAUCUACGAUAUAGAUCAAAGGAACAAGAAAUCAACUAUAUAUAUAAGAUAGCAUCCAAUGGGCAUCAAACAAUACCUGCCCAAAGAAAAACAAUAAACCCGAAAAACCCCUAGAAUAAACACAUACCACAACAUACCAUCUCGCCCUCUCAGUCCCUACAAUAAUAAUUACCAAGAACACCACCGAAAGUUAAUAAAAAUCUAACCAGCUCAACAAUAUUAUAAUAAAGAAAUGAACAAAAGAAAAGAUAGAAUGAUUAUGGCCAAAUCUAACAAGUCUA